AUGUUUGGAUCUGGUCUUCAGGUUGAUAGGGGAUCGUCUAGUAAUAUGAGAAAUGUUUAUGUUCCACCACCUCAAUCCACACAUGGUGAGGGUUAUCCGCUCGUUCCACAUCGCCCACCACCCUUUAUUGGUACAUGGGAAAACCCAGUAGGAAUGGGGGUUAAAAAAAAAGUCAAAAGGCAAGGGACUACUACUAGGAAAAAACAGCCCAUUCAACUCAAUUCCCAUUCUCGGUACCAUUUUGUAAUUAAACCAUUAUCCAACUUUGACCUCAUGAAAUGGGUAAAGAAACUUGGUAUUGAAAGACUCAGAGGGAUUUACAGUCGAGACCAAUUACCAAAAAAGAUUAGAAAAGAAUGUGGAAUAAUCAGUCUUGAUGAUAUUCAAGGCCCUGGAACACAUUGGGUUUGUUAUAGAAAUCUGGAUUCAGUACUUGGUAAACCAGUCGUCGAGUACUUCGAUCCAUUUGGUUUAAUAAUGCCAAAUGAAGCUUUAAAGUAUUUUAAUACCUCUGGAAAACGUAUAGUGUAUUCAAUAGAUGAAAUACAAAAUCGCAAUACUGUUCUAUGUGGUUACUGGUGUUUGUAUUAUCUACUAGAGCGACAAAGAGGUAAUAGUAUUUUAGAUGUAAUACAUAACCCUCAUUUUGAUGAUGACAACAGCGAUUUUAUAAAAGCAUACUUCUCUUAA